UAUGGAGCCUUCCAGCAUUAGGCGUGUAAUAUACCCCCUUCCUGGUCAUUUUUACCUGAAAGUAUUGUAAAUAUUUGGUAAAAGUCAUGUACCUGUAUUCCUUAACUUGCCUCAGACGUUUGUGAAAGCUAGCGCACAAUCAGCUUCGGAUAAGUCCAGCGUUAAGAAGGUACGACUCGUAGCUAUCAGUUCUACAUGCUGAAGCGAGGUGAAAUGCUGUUAAAGACUAUUUGACUUACAAAAGCAUGCCGAUGUAAUCUAUGCCUCCAACCACCAAGAACCAUGAACUGUCUGAAAAUCGCAAUAGCCUCGACCUUUUGCUUGCAAGGAUCCCCCCUGUCUGGAAUCAAGGAUCCAUGUCUCAAUUACAACAAGGUGAACAAAACCUGUGACUGUUGUCGCAGUGGGUGGACGGGGCAGGACUGUAAGAUAAAAUGUCUCAACUGCGGAAGUAGGUUUGUGAGAAACAAAUGUGAGACAUUUUGCCAGAUUGCAUCAUAUUAUGGUACCUUUUGUAACAUACCAUGCCCUUCAGCGUGCCUUCGUAAUGGACAAUGUAAUGAAAGCUGCGCUACUCACCAGGAAUCCACAAAAGAUACUAAUCAAGGCCGUGCUGAUUCAGAGGCAACAGGGACUGGUGCAUCCUCACAGAGUUUCGGGCCAGUAUCCUUUAGUCCUCGGAUUGAAGGCGCCGUCAUCAGUAUAGCCCUCUCUCAGUUUACUAUAGCAAUAUGUUGUGUUGGGUAUGUUGUUUACAAGACAGUGGCCAUAUGCAGGAAAUGGCGGAAAGCCCUUCAAGACAAGAGGAAAAGUGAGAGAAGAACAACAGCCGAAAGCCUUUCCCUCACUAGCUUCCAUGAUGUAAACGAUGACGUCAUUGAUUCUUCAACACAUACAGAAACAGCUGAUGUCCCAACACAGGCAGAGCUCCUUAAGGUUGACAAGAGUAUGAUUGAGGAAAUGUCUCAGCCCAUCCAAGAACGUCCUGACGGUGAUGAUACCUUUCAUGUGCAUACAUUCGACGCUGUGGGAGAGUCAAACAUGAACGACUCUAAGAACAAAACAAAGAGGCUGUGGAACUGAAUUACAGCAGUGUCCAAUGAAUGUUUG